AGGUCCGCAUCAACGCAGGCAGUGAACAAGCUCAAGAGCCUCACUAAGAGACUCCCCGAGGCGGGGGCGAGCAGCCGUUUGGCCACGGCAACACAUGCCAUCCAACAGGAGAUCAGUGCGAGGAUUACAGAAGCCACGAGCAUCACAGCAGACGCCCAGACAGCCCAUGGCUACCCAGGUGGCGGCGCUGGGGGGAUGGCGGGCGCGGUUGGGGCAGGAGGAUUGGGAGGAGGGGGAUUUGGGGGAGGGGGAUUGGGGGGAGGGCAGGCGUCAGGUGAGGUGGCGGGAGGUGUAGCAGGGGGAGCCGGAGGAGGUAGCGGAGGGAAUGGGUUGAGAAGAGCGGGGGGGGCGGAGACAGGGCGAGGAGCAGAGGACGGGAGUGGGGUUGAUGUGGAGGAGGAGGAGGAGGGGGACGGGGCUCACCACAGGGACCGAGGGUGGGAUGAUAGCAGAGGGCGGGAGGAGGGCGCAGGGCAGGAGGAGCGGGCAGGGCAGCGGGAGGGGCAAGGGCAACACGACGAGGGAGCAGGGGACGGGGCGGAGGGGGAAGACGUGGAGGAAGGGCAUGGAGAGGAGAAAUCGGGGGAGGAGAAGCAGAGGGAGCUGGAGCUGCUACAGGGGCUGCUUAAAGCGGAGAUGGACGCGCAGGGUGGGGGGAGGUGGAAGGGUGAGGGGAAAGGGGGGGAUGGGGGGAAGGAGGGGAAUGAGGGGAAGGAGGGGAGUGAGGGGAAAGGGUCAGGUGGGAAGGGAGGGGAGGAUGAGGAGGAGGAAGAUCCGGAUGAGACAGAGCGAUGGGGGGAAGGGGGAGUGGGAGUGGGAGGAACGGGGGAAAAGACUGAGAGGGAGAGGAGCGUGAGGGAAGGAGCGACGGGUGGAGGUGAUGGUGGUGACGGUGGGGAUAGCAGCAAGAUAACGUCUGGGUCGACAGAGGCGGCAGCAGUGGGUGUGGGUGGGGGAACUGCAGGCACACACAAUGGUGGGGAGCGUGGGAGGCGAGGGUCACGGGCUGCAAGGGAGACGGGGAAGGACAGGGUGAUAGGGCGUGAGGAUUCAAGCUGGAAGGAGGGGGGGGGAGGGGAGGUGGGGAGUAAGAGCGAGAGUGAGAGUGAGAGUGGGAGUGAGCACGAUGAGAUAGCCUCUGUGCUGAGAGCCAUGGGUCAUGCGGUUGGGGAUGAUGCUCAUGAGACGGCUGCUGAUGCUGAUGUUGCUACCACUGAUGCCCAUCACAGUACGGCUGCUGCUGUCGCUGGUGGCGCUGCUGGUGGCACCAACUCGUUGCACGAGGGAAGCACACAGCGUGGUGUGAAGCCGGAGGAGGACCAACAGUCAGUGCACGAAGGGGAGGGAGUGGGGGAAGAGGGAGCAGACGAGGAGGGAGGGGGAGAAGAGGAGGAGGGGACGUCGGUGGCAGUGGAGAGGGGGCAGUCAGAUCAGCGCAAGCAGCUCAUGGAGCAGGAGGCUGCCCGACGCAGCGUGCCCCUGGUGGGCGCCAGAGGAGCAGCAGCUGCAGCAGAUGCAGGGCUGGUGGGAGACAGAGGCGUAACAGGAAGUGCAAGGCAGGUAGCAGGCUCAGGGCGGGUAGGAAACGCAGGUCUGGUAGGAAGGGCAGAGCUGGUGGGAGAUAGAGGGGCGGCAGCAGACGUGGGGCUGGUAGGGGGCUCUGGAAGGGAACUGGACGGGUCCUUGAGUGCAGAGACCCGAGCAGCUGCAGCAGAUGCAGGAGCAGCGACAGGGUCAAGAGGGGAAGGAAGUGCAGGGAGUGAGAGAAAGGGACAGAUGGGAGGAAAGCAGGCUGUGACGGGCUGGGGUGGGUUGUCGAGAGGUGAGGGCCUGCCAAUGCGUGCUGCCCUGCCCAGGGAAGGGGCGCUGGCAGAGACACGUCCACCACUACCAACCUAUCCACACCGCACCCCCCCGCUCCCUCCCUCACAGCAAGCCCGGCAGCGCAACAGGGAGGUGCAUCUGGUGGGGCCGCACGAGUGUGCAGCAGCAGCGGGCGCCAUGGGGGUGGCUUUCACUUUUGAGACGUCUCAUAAGCCAUUCAUGCGCUCCGCCCUCUUCAACCAUCCCAUCACCCCCCUCUCCCCCUUCUCCCCACACAACUCCCCCUCCAUUCUCCCCUCCCCCUGUGCAGCAGCAAAGGGCGCCAUGGCCGUGGCAUUCACGCGCUACGCCCUCUUCAACCAUCCCACACCCCACCCUCCCCCCUCUCUCCAUGCAAUCCCCCCGCCAUUCCCGCUCUUCUCACAUUCACAGCAAGCCCGGCAGCGCAACAGUCAAGUGCAUCUCGUGGGGCCAAAGGAGUGUGCAGCAGCCGUGGGCGCCCUGGGCGUGGCAUUCACGCGCUACGCGCUAUUCAACCAAACCAUCUCCGCUCUCUCCCCCUUCUCCCCAUGGAACUCCCAAUCCAUUCUCCUCUCCCCCUCCGCACAGCAAGCCCGCCAGCGCAACAGUGACGUGCAUCUGGUGGGGCCGAGGGAGUGUGCAGCAGCAGCGGCCGCCCUGGGGGUGGCAUUCACGCGCUACGCGCUAUUCAACCAAACCAUCUCCGCCUUCCGCUCCUCCUUCGGCACUCCGCGUGCGUUGGUUCGUACUGCACGCCUACAUGACUCGCGCCAGCCUCUCCCAUGCCCUCUACCUCUCGCCCGACGUCCUUCUCUUUGCCAACGCCACCGAAGCUAUCAACCAGAUCCCUUUCCCCCCUCCCCACUUCACUUCACCUUCCGCCUUCCCCUUCCCCCUUCCCCCCUCCCCCCUUCCCCCAGCUGUACCUCCCCCACGAAUGCCACAUCCUCCUCGUGUUUUCCCUCCUCCCCUUACCCCUUCCCCUUUCCCCCCCUCUCUGCUUCCCCCUCUUCCCCUUCCCCCUCCCCCAGCUGUACCUCCCCCACGAGCGCCACAUGCUCCUCCCCCAGCCUUUCCUCCCCCUCCCAUUCACCCAUCCCGUUCCUGGCUCCCCUUUCCGCUCUCCCUCCCCUCCCCCAGCUGUACCGCCCCCACGAGCGCCACCUGCUCCCCGUGCGUUCCCUCCUCCCCUUACCCCCUUACCCCCUUCCCCUUUCCCCCCCUCUCCCCUCCCCCCUCCCCCAGUUGUACCUCCCCCACGAGCGCCACAUGCUCCUCCCCCAGCCCUUCCCCGGCACGCGCCCCCCCCGCCGCGCCACCGCCCCCCCGCACACGCCCAUCGACGCGCACACAGCCGGGUGGUCUAAAGAGGGCCUGGCGGACUUCCUCAGAUUCGUGCGCGUGUUUGUGGAGCAAGGGGUGCUGGGAGGGGGGGAGGGGACUGCUGAGGGGACUCCUGCAGAGCGACUCAAGAACCCGGACUACUCCGACGCCACCAUGCUGGGAUGGUACGCCCACCAUGCAUGCUGGCAGGCUCUUGAGAACGCCGAGACCGCCCCUGCAUGUGCGGCGGAGCCAUGUUGUGGGAUCACUCGUGAGAGGGCUGCCAGGCUGGCUGGGCGCUUCACACCCCGAGUGCUGCCAGGCUGGCUGGCCACUUCACUCUCCGGUGAGUGGAGGGGACUACACGGGUGUGUGUAUGGGGACUAG